UUCCACUUACCACACCACACACACACCACACCACACCACCGACACACCACCCAUCACACCCCACACACACACACACACACACAGAGUGGAACAUGGAGCAGAAGAAGAUCCUGUGUGUCGGUUUGGUGUGUUUGGACAUCAUUAACGUGGUGGAUAAAUUUCCGGAAGAGGACACGGACACCAGAUGUGUGUCUCAGAGGUGGCAGCGAGGUGGGAACGCCUCGAACUCCUGCACGGUUCUGUCUCUGCUCGGUGCUCCCUGUGCCUUCAUGGGGUCUCUGGCUGCAGGACCAAUUGCUGACUUCAUCCUGAAUGAUUUUAAAAUGUACCACGUUGACGUGUCUCUUGUUACUGAGCAUGCUCAGUGCUCAUGCCCCGCCUCCGUCGUCAUCAGCAGCCAGAGCAGCGGCACACGCACCAUCCUGCACAUGAACAGAAACCUGCCUGAUGUUUGUGCAGAUGAUUUCUCAAAGCUGGAUCUCAGUCACUACAAGUGGAUUCACUUUGAGGGUCGUAACGCUGAUGAACAGGUGAAGAUGAUCGAGCAGGUGAAACUCUACAACGCCACACAGGAGGAGAAGAACAGGAUCACCAUCUCCGUGGAGAUCGAGAAAACCCGCCCCUCGCUCUAUCAGCUCUUCCCCCAUGGAGACGUGGUGUUUGUGAGUAAAGACCUGGCGAUGCAUUUCGGGUUUCAGUCGGCGUCCAGUGCAGUGAAGGGGUUUUACAGCCGUGUGAAAGAAGGGGCUGUGCUGAUCUGUGCCUGGGCGGAGAACGGUGCCGACGCGAUGGGUCCUGAUGGUGCCGUACUGCACUCUGACGCUUUUCCUCCUGAGAAACUGGUGGACACACUGGGAGCUGGAGACACGUUUAACGCCUCGGUCAUUUACAGCCUGUCUAACGGAGGGUCUUUACAGGAAGCGCUCACAUUUGGCUGCCAGAUUGCGGGAAAGAAAUGCGGUGUUCACGGCUACGACGGGAUCGUUCAGCGAAAACAGAGCUGAAGAUGCAGAUGUUCAGGAAAAUCACGUGCGUUUUUUUUUUUUUUUUUUUUUUAAUAAACGUCACGUUCCUGCUGAUCAGCAGCUUUAACAACAUAAAUAUAGAAAUAUAUCAUCUUUACAUUAAAGAGGCUUUAAUUCGUAAGCAUUCCGGGCCUCGUCCAAAUCUGCAUUUAUAACACUCCCUCGUACACUUGCCCUUAGUUGAGUUCCCUUUUAAGGGCGUAAGGGGACGAUGGUCAGAUGAGGGACGUAGCGUCACUGUGGACUUCAGGAAGAAUGAGUGAUCAAAUUCAUGCUAGUUAGCGAGCUUAAAUGUGAACAUUAGCAAGAACAAAAUCAUACUCAUAAUAUCCAAGAAUAUUUGAUUCCUCUGGUGAUGAUGUCAGUAAUCUACUUUAGCUAAUUAUCCAAAUGCUAAAUAAGUAAAUAUCCAGUGAACUAAUUAGCAUGCUAAUCAGCUGUCAUGCUAGCUGGUACAUUAGCGAGCUGAUGUGACUCUGUACAGAGAGUGAAAAACCCUGAUCAGAACGUUUCCCUGCUCUCUGCGCUCUCAGUGUUUAGUUCCAGCUCGCUCGGGUUGUCUGGACGCCAGCCAGCUGCAGUGCAUUGUGGGAAUU